AUGCUGUCAUUAUGGCUGCACUACGGCACUUCUACAUACGAAGAAGGGUUUACGGCUGUUUAUAUUCCUUUCUAUUGGGGAGGGAUGAUAGAGAGCGGAACGAUAUCUCACGUCACGCCAUUGAACGAAUUGAUGUUCAUAGUAGAAGACACGUCAACUAGCCUAAGACAUCACGGUCCAUCCCCAACCGACGUCAUCCCAUCAUUCCGACCAUCACCACCAUCCCAUCCUAUCUAUCCAUUUACCAACAAUCCCAUCUCCAAUUCGAACCCAAAAUGUCUCUCUGGACUCCCCUCCGUGGGCUGCAAGUCUCCCGCUCGUUAUCCAAGCCCUCAAUCCCUCGCCCCCUCUCACUCCGCACCCUAUCCACCACCACAACCUCCGCUCGACUCCGACUCAUCACCAACCCCAUCACCUCCGCACCCCGACUCAUCACCACAACACCAACAACAAACCCACCCACCUACAUCUCCACCCUCAAAAACACAUACUCAACAUCUUCCAAACCCCCCGCCGACCAAGUCAUCGAUGAACUCCAAGAACUACGAAUUCGAGAUCGCGACUGAAAGCACCGACUCCGCGACCAUCUAUGCGGCCUCUGACCGAGAGUCGGCGCGUGAUGCCCUCAACGAGCUAAUCGCCGUGUAUACGGUGUAUACAAGGGAUAUGUCGUUUGUGAGCCAUUCGCCGCAGGGACAGGUGGAUGUGGAUACGGGGUUGGAUCCGGGGAGUAUUGGGGAUGAGGUGCGCGAGCAGGUGAGGAAGAGGGUGGGGACGAGGGUUAGGGAGAUUGUGGGGGCUGUGGAGAAUUUAGAAGAACGGGCUUCUGCUGAAUAA